CAUAUUUUUCUACGUUUUGUGUGCGUUGCAGUUGUAGUAACUUUGUUGGGGGAAGCGGGUAAUUGAGUUGGUUAAAAACUUAUUCCAGAACUUGUUUUUGCCGAUAUUUACACCAUAUUGAUGAGUCCGUUGGUAGCUGUUAUGAACUGACUUUCUGUAUCGGAAGAUCUUCAUUUUAAUACAUUUACGGCGCUUCUACAACUGGUGUGAUCCGAUUUAAGGGCAUACGCUGGUCCGCAAAAAGAACCGUUCUGCGACACCGGAAUCCCCAGGCGACAUGAUCACCAGAAAAAGAGCGCGAGUCGGAUCCAAGCCUGAAACGAAUCCUACCACCUGGCCCCUGGAAGUUGACACUAGUGAAGAAAUUGAAAUCGUGGACGACGUGCAUACGUCUCCCUUUCAGUAUUCCUCACCAGAAAGUGAGGAUACGCCUGGUUUGGAUCUUGAUUUAUUUAAUGUAGACGAUUUUAAUUGGCAGCUGGACAAGGAUACACUGUAUUCGUUUUUUGACGAAGGCGGGAGUGGAUUGCAGGAUCUUUCAAGGUCCACAUCAAAGGGAAGCUAUGGAGUCAGUGAUACCCUCUCGAAUUCCUCGCGCGGAGCAGUUAAAUCACCUGCGUGUAAAAAUAAUUUGCCGGUGCGGAUCAACAAGAAUGCCAUUGCAGCUCGGAUGAAUCGUCUGAGGAAGAAAGAAUACGUGAAUGGAUUGGAGAACAAAGUCACUUCCUUAGCGGCGGAGAAUCGGAAUCUCAGACAGGAGAACGAGCAUUUGAACAAGAGGGUUGAAGACCUCGAAGACGAGGCGAGGUACCUGAGAGCGGUAUUGGCUAACGAAAGCUCUUUGGGCCAACUUUUGUCUAGACUCAGCGGUGUGAAUGGCAUGAAAGUGUCUACGUCGCUUUUCCAGGAACCGAACAAAAACGACCACGAUUACGCCCUGCCUAGGAAAAAGGUGAAGAUUGAGGAGAAUGAAACAUCUGGCGGCGUCUGUCUCCACGUUGACAAGAAUCACGUCUCUGUGGAAUUCUGCACUAAGUGCGCUGAAAGUGCGAGCACGGCGCUCAAAAUGUGGUUGAUCUGCCAUGCGGGAUAUGGGUUACAGAACAUCCCUGACUUCAUGACUCCAUGUGGAUUCUGCUGGGGAAUGCUGAAGAAACGGGACCAGCGGCAGCCAUCUUGGCCCGGUAUAUGUUAAAAGGUAGUAUGCGGGAUGGUGUAAGUUGUUUGCAGUUUUCACUUGCGUUUCACCACACCACAGGUGUUGAACGUUGGUGAACAUUCACACACUGUACAUUAUGGGUGAUGUUGAUUUUUGGAUAUUGUUGUCUGAUGCAUUGUAAUUCACAGAAUGCAGAAACAGCAGUAUACUUUUUUUUCUUUCCAGUCUUUUGUUAUUAAAACCAUGGAGUAGCAACCACACAAGUGACUUGUAGGAUUAGUCUAUUACAAGUAGAUAAAAUGGAGGUUUUUACAUAAUGAUCUGAUGACUUGCACAUUGACCAAAGAGAUGUCCUUGGCUUUCAUACUUGGGUUUGUUAGUUUAUGAAGAAUUUGAGGAAAAGCUGGUAAAGGCAGUUUGUCCUAGGCUUCUUUUAUUUCCUUUUGUGUUUUUGUUUAAAAUGUAAGCAGUGUUUCAUUUACUUGGGAAUAAAAGUGUCUGAUAAUAAACCCCAUUUUUGAUCAUUA